AUGUCUCGCCCAAGAAAGAUCGAUGCCAUCUCGAUUCUGGAGAGUCUCUCUUCACUCUUGGGAAUACGAUCAGGAAAAAUUCCCUUUCGCGCCCAAAAUCGAAUCCUCCAAGCCAUACAGCAACACCUUGAGUUCCAUGCAUUUUGGUUUGCUCACAAAUGGCUGCCGGUGAAGUCUCUCAUGAACAGGUGGACGUGCCCAGAAGAAUUAGAGCUACACAGAUUCUUCAUAUUUUUGGCAAGGAAUAAGACCCGAGUACAGCACAGUGCCUUCCGCCAAGCGAGUCGCGCUCUACUGAGAAUGAAAGGACCAGUGUCCGCAAUUCGUCACGCUGCUGUUCAUCGUCUGAGUCAGGAUCGUGAAUCUCUCCUGCAAAUGAAUCGCGUCGCCAUUGAAUUCGUGAUGAUCACCGGUGAGUCUUCGUCCCCUGCGAAGCUUUGCCGUCUCCUUGACUUCUUGGAGGCUAGACUUCCGAAAUCAGACCGGCUUGCGAAACCCAGCCCGUUUCCGGAGCGGCCUUUAAAAUCCAAAAGUUUUCUGCGCAGACGUCGUUACAUAAAAACGAAGGCUCCACUCACACCACUACCAAAAUCUACCAUUGAAGUCGUACAAUGGGUUGAGGGGUAUUUUGUGCUGGAAGUGGAGCGCUUCUUGCAUGCAGUGUUCUUAUAG